AUGGAUAUUGAUUUUGAAACUACACCAAACCAACAAACCAAACCCAUGGAAGCAAUGUGCAGUCAGACCAACACACUUGUUUAUAAAAGAGCACCAAUUUCUGAUAAUAAAGUUGCUUUUACCAAUGAGUCAAAUGGCGAAAGCAAUAAUGGCAAUGAAAAUGACAAUGAUAAAGAAAGUAACAGCAGAGAAGAAAGUGAAGAUGAUGAAGAUGAUAUUGUUGAGAUUGAAGUCAAAGAAUUUGAUAGUAAAGGUCAGUCCAUUGAGUUCUUCAACAAGCUUUUGUUGAUUUACAAGCAGAAUUUCCAAUUGCCCUUGAGUCUUUCUGGUCUCCAAAGCAUGACAGGAUUCUCAGCCAUGACCAAAGAGAUUAAGAGAUUAGUCACGUGUCAGGAUUGCUAUAAGAUGUAUGAGGAAAGUAUACCUGCUCCUUUCAAUUGUGAUUUUAUAAAGCUUUGUGCACAUACUGCCUGUGAUUGCAAAUUAAUGAUCCAAUCAUUGUCUGGAGAAUUCAAGAUCACUCAUACAUUGUGUAAUAUUUACGAUGGUGAGGCCUGGACUGGUUUGAAGGACAAUAACAAUAAAAUUUUUGUUGAGAAUUUUCGUUCAUUGAUGAUGACAUUAAACAUCAAUUGGUUCCAGCCUUUUGAUGGUACUAGCUAUUCCUGCGGUGCUAUCUAUCUGGUAAUUAACAAUCUUUCUAGAAAUGGUGCAACAGUUCGUGCAGCCUUAUUGAUGGUUGCAUGCAAUAUAUCUGCAGCCAAAAAGACUAGUGGGUUUAGUGCACACAACAGCACAUGCGCCUGUUACAAAUUCAAACGUGUGCAUGCUGAGGAGUGGAAUAGUGCGAGUACACCCUCAGAAAGGCAGCAGCUGGAGAUUGAAUAUGGUGUUCAAUGGUCGCAGUUGUAUCGCCUUGGAUACUUUGAUCCAACAGUUGCAGUGAUGAUGAUAUUGCCCAGCGACUUUACCAAGCUGAAGAAAAAGGUAGGAAAGAGCUUUUCUCACAUGAAAGCAGAUGAGUGGAAGCCUUGGAUAUUGAUGUACUCUCCCAUGCUUCUGAAACCAGUUCUUCUGUCCAAUAUGUUCAAUGGCUGGAUAGACUAUGUAAAAGCAUACUGUGUACUUGUAAAGCCAUCAAUCAGUUUCAUCAACAUAGACCAUGCACACAGCUAUCUACAAGAAUUAUGUCAAUCUUGUGAAGAUACAUAUGAACCAAAAGUCCUCACCUGCAACAUGCACCUGCACCUCAAUCUUCAUGACACAAUUCGUGAUUUUGGACCCGUGUAUGGCUAUUGGCUCUUUGGUUUUAAGAUAUACAAUGGUUUGUUAAAGAAUAACAAGAAAAAUAAAAAAGAUAGGUUUGAAACAACCUAUAUGACAAAACUCACUGCAGACGCAUACAAAGCUUAUUAUGUACAAAAUAUCUUAUCAUGUUCAAGUCUCAUUCCAUUCCUUUCUCUUUUGGAAAAAUGUAUCUCCACGACUGCACCUAUAACAACCUAUGUCACUUAUGCUCCAACCAACCAACAACCUUUCCAACUGCAACAAUUUGUAAACUCAUCCUUAAGUCAAGCAGCACCUAUCAAAGGCAAUGAACCACUCCCCCCGUUCUCCUUUCCUUUACAGUCCUUAAAAAAAUUCACAAUGAGUAACAUUGAUUAUCCUCAAUUGUUAGAUUAUUAUAAAAUCGCCUAUGCCAUACCGAAUCUUAUUUCUUAUCACAAUGCCAGAUUGUCACAAUAUUUUGUAAAUAACCAAAUGACAAUAUUGAAAUCAAUUGAUCUUCUUGGCCAAACAUAUAUUGGAAACAACAGUUCUGGUAAGUGCGGGUCACUUGUUAAAGCUUUCUUAUGUAGCAGCAAUAGCCGAGCUUCAAGCCUAUAUACUGGACAAAUUCAGUAUCUUUUCAUACAUUCAUUUACUCUACCUUCUCAACCAAACCACCAAGCAUCAACAUUACAUCAAGACCAGCAUGUUUUUGCAUACAUCCAAUGGUAUAAUUUGACAAAUGACAAUGAACACAGAGAUGAAGGUAUUGAAAUCUACUUGCCAGAUUUCUCAGCUGAUAAUUAUCACGACAUCUUGCCUGUACAUUGCAUACACUUAGAGAUUGCAACUGCUGUAGAUGUAACUGAUAUGAACGAAGAAAGAAUGCUGGUCAUUCCUAUGCCAAAAAAUACUAUGCUGGAAGCCUUUAUGAAUAAAUAUACAUUAUGA